CAACGUAUUAACGACAUUGGACGACGCGCUACGCGACUGGCUUUUGAGAGCCACGUGAUUUCACCGGUCCGACCGGCACCGGCUUUCGGGACAAAGUGACUUCAUUCGGCUUUGGACGAGUCUUCGAGCGGACAGGUCCCGCAUCGCACUGCCCUCAACCACCACCAUGCCAGUCGUCGAGAGAGACUUGACAGACUUUGUGCCUGCCUGUCCCGCCAAAGUCGGCCAAAAGCUCACUUCAUUCACCCUGGUAUCGACCAAGAACACUCGAUACAUCAAAGACUUUUCUUGGACGCUGGAAUUCCCCCUUGCUAAUGCGUACAGGAUCCUACUGCAUGGUCCCACUCGACCUCGACCUCCACAUGAUAACGUCAGUCUGAAAGUCGAGCCUCUAUCGUUUGAAGUGCUCUCAUUCGAUGAGUACACAGCUUCAUUUGCCUUUCCUCAGUCCAACGAUUCUGGACGUCUCUCGCUUCGUCUGUCGUGGAGGACCCAAAUAGCUUCUGCCGUCUUCAGGGUCAAAGACAACGUCGAAGAGCAGAUCAUGGGCGAUGUCAGAUUACGAUCGUAUGGUCUCACAGAACAUGGCAUCAUCCGACAUUACAGGUACGAACGUGAUAAUGUCCAUCUCGGUCUGGGAGAGAAAGCGGCGCCACUCGACUUGUCCGAAAGGUCAUUCACCCUUCAUGCGGCUGACGUUGCAGGAUACGACACUUACAAAUCGGACCCUUUAUACAAACAUACGCCUUUCUUGGUCUCCACGCCUCGACCUGGUCAAGACGGUAACCAGGGAUUGACCUAUGCCAUCUUUCACGGGACGAAUAGCGUCUCGACUUGGGACAUCGGACGGAGUCUGGACAUACCCAGUGGAGGGUACUACAAGACGUUCACACAGGAUUGGGGAGGAUUGGAGGAAUGGGUCAUGUUGGGUGAUGGAGUGCAGGCAGUCGUCAAGACGUUGGCGGAAAUAACGAGCAAACCAAAGCUCGUGGGACGCGAUUGGCUCGGAUAUCUAGCUUCCACGAUGCUGCUCGCUGAUCUCGACAAUGCGCAAGAAGAGCUCGAAAAAUGGCCAGAGCUUUGCAAACAACACGACAUCCCUUGUUCUGCGAUGCAUCUCUCAUCCGGAUUCACGUGCGAUGAAAAGACUGGGCAAAGAUGGGUGUUCUACAUGAACAAGCACAGAUACCCCGAUUUCAAAGGAAUGAUCGGCAAGUACCAUGAAGCAGGGAUGAAGGUCGUUCCCAACAUCAAGCCAUACGUACUCAAGACUCAUCCGGCGUACAAGCGAUUACUCCAAGCCGAUGGUCUGUUCCAUGACCCAUUCACAGGCGGGCCAGCGACGCAAAAUAUCUGGGCGAGUGGGAUCCAAGCUAGUGCAGAUGGGAGCUGGGUGGACUUAUCGGCCAAAGGGUCCCGAGAAUGGUGGUGUGAGGGCGUUGAGGGACUUGUCAAGUUGGGUUGUGAUGGGAUGUGGGAUGACAACUCGGAAUACUUCACACGAGACGACGAAAUCUUGUUCAAGAACGACAUCGAGUUCAAGCGCUACUCCGACUUCAAAGGUCCCACGAGGACAGGUCUGAUGGGCCGGAUCACUGGCAACGAGUUGAUGAAUCGAUACAGCCACGCCACGCUGCAAAAGUGCAAUCCUGAACGAAGAACCUACGUCCUGACUCGGAGUGGCAACGUCGCAGCGUUCAAAUAUGCUUGCUCGACCUGGUCGGGAGACAACUUCACGAGCUGGCAGAACCUGAGAGGGUCUCAGCACAUCCAACUGAACAGCAGCCUGUCCCUCAUGCAAUCUUAUGGCUCAGAUAUUGGAGGAUUUGUCGGCCCCAUCCCGUCUCCAGAGCUGUUCGUCCGUUGGGUCCAACUGGGCAUGCUUCAUUCGAGGUUCUGCAUCCACUCGGCACCAAACGACGGAGCUGGACAUGCCAAGCUUAACACGCCUUGGAUGUACCCUCAGGUACUCCCUCUGAUCAGAGCUCACAUCAAGCAGCGCUACGAACUUUUGCCAUACUUCAACCAUCUCAUGUGGGAGAGUCACCUUCAUGCGGACCCGACAAACGCACCAUUGUUCUACGGCCCAUUCCGCAAUGACGCCGAGCUAUACACGUCAAAGGUCUUGGAUGGCUUCCAAGCAUGGUGUGGAGUCGGACGAAUACUGCAAGCUCCCGCCAUGUUCGAAGGACAACACAGUCAGGAAGUGUAUUUCCCCAAGAGUUCAAACAACGACGAGUCCCUCUACUUUGACUUGCACGCUCCUCAUGGUACGUUCAAAGCUGGAACGUGGUCGACUGUCGGAACGCCCAUCGAUCACGGUGGAAUGUUUGUUCGAGAAGGGACCAUUAUUCCGAUCGGACACGAGUACGCCACUGUGACGUCCACGAGUGGUGCGCCAAGGACAAACAUUGACGGGAUCGAUACAAAGUUGAUGUCGGAAGGCGGUGUGGUCGGACUCGAUGAUUGGCGAGGCGUCCUCCUCUUCCCCGGCAAGGGAGACAAGACGUACACGAGCUCAUGGAUUGAAGACGAUGGUAUCUCGUCUGAUCCGACCAAGAUGGAGAUCACAGUCACGUACACUGGCACGAACGAUCAAGUUCGAGUAGCAGUGACCAUCCAUCAUAUGGGCUAUGAACCUCUAUGGAAGGGCAAGCUGCACUUUAUCUUGCCUGAAGGAGAUGAUCGCAAGAUGGUGGAGACCAAGGGAGGGAGGCUGUGGGGCGAGAGAAGGACGGAGUUGAAAGUGGGAGAGUCUUACAAGGGAAGGGCAACGUGGCAAUUGGAUGUGUAGGGUAUCCUCUGAUAGUAUGUAUCUAAGACCCACGUAGGUAGCAAUUGGAUGUGUAGGAUGUUUACCCUGACAGCAUGUUACAUAGCUCCACAUUAUAGUCCUCUUGUUGCUCGGCACCCCUCGGAUGCAAAUCUUGCCCG